AUGCUCAGGCUGUCGCCAAGCGUCUCUGCCUCAACUUCUGUUCCUCAACUUCUGUUUCCUACAGUCAACCAUGUCAAUAACCCACAUAACUUCGCUUUCCCAGCUUGAUGGUUUCUUAUCUGGAAAUAAGUUAUCAGUCAUAGACUUUCAUGCUACAUGGUGUGGACCAUGUCAUGCGAUUGCCCCUACAUUUGAAUCCCUAUCAAAGCAGUAUAAAAAUGUCAAUUUCUUGAAAUGUGAUGUCGAUGCUGCAAGGGAUGUCGCCAGCAAAUACUCAGUAUCUGCUAUGCCCACGUUUAUAUUUCUCAAAGGGACUACGAAAGUCGAUCAAGUCCGAGGAGCCAACAAAUCUGGCCUUGAAGAUGCUCUGAAACGUCAUUCUUCUGGUGCUUCUACUGGUGCUGCCUUCACUGGCAAAGGUCAGACGUUGGGCUCCUCGUCGAGCUCCUCGUCCCCGUCUGCUUAUCCCAACGAUAUCACAUCCAGCGCAUACUCCGCUUGGUCUGACUUGGAUCCCAAAAUAAAGAUUCUUCUUGGUUUAGUCGCAGCAUAUAUUUUCUUUUGGUUAAUAUAAUCUUAGACCAGGAUAACCCUAUUUAUUGCAUUGUGUAUGACAAUUCCCGUAGCAUGAUCCUGGAUACAGGAUAUCCACAAUAUUGAUAUUUCAUGUGUUGAAAAAUAUACAGUCCCCAUACAUGCGUGUACGGUCAAGGCGAUUAUCAUCGGCUAGCAUCCUAAUAACUUUGAUAUUCAACUAAUGGGUAGGAAUGUGAUACAUGCCCAUCCACUCGGUCCAAUGGGCAUAUUUCCACGUAUUCAAUACCUCGAAACUAAUUUGUGCCCCAUCCCAUAGCGUGAAAUGCCUGCUUGGCGGCCUCUUCCUUAGCAAUUUUCUGAUUUUUGCCUAUUCCGCAGCCCUUCUCUUCUCCAUUAACAACGCAACGGACGAUCCACUGAGGAUUAUGUGAUGGUCCUGACGACUCCGCAGGAUAGUUCACGGGCAAUCCCAUUUUAUUAGCCGUUUGGUUGAAGAUAGCUAAAGUGCCUGCAGACGCUGGUAGUCCGGGCGCGGAAGACCCGCUGAGGAUUGCGGAUGUCGGAUAGAGAGGUGGUUGUGGCAUUCCAGGAGCAGGGCGUGUCUGAUUUAAACCGCCUGGUAACACAGGAGGCUCCACCUCUGGGCAUAUGAGACGGCUGAUCCAAGGACAGACCUCAGCCAUACCCUUCGAUGUAUACACAGCUCCAACGUACGAAUGAAACAAAAAACGCGUUUCCUCGGGAGUAUCUAAUACUGUUGAGGUGGCGCAUCGUACUUUGUCUUUAAGUCGAUAGGUAGAAACCCAUGUAUUGAAUGUUUCAUUGGCGAGUAGCUUUUCUUUCUCUUCAAGUAUCUCUGAAGCGCUCAGCAUGGGCCGUUUCGUAAACAAGCAAAAAGUGAUGGUCAUGCGUAGCACAUCUUCUCCAAGUCUAGCGAGCCUGUCCGUGUUGCCAUAAUCUUCGUUGUCGGUAUGGUUAUGAGCCAGGGACCUAUGGGUGAAUACAUCGAGCAUAAGAUCACCAUCGAUCUUUGGUAAUGCCGGGAGGUUGUUCAUGAUGGUAUGUCGUAGGGCAAUAUAAGGACACUCAGAGAACUAAGGAUAUUAUUAUACAGCACGUUCCCCGUGGAGCGCUUUAGGAUGUCACAGUGCCCUAGACGGUAAGAAUACGGUAGAUCGGCGACGAUGGCAAAAGGAUAAGCAACUUCACUUGAACCUUAUAUAUUAUUACUUCAAGCUGUGUAUGUACAGUUAUAGGGCCACGGUUAGACUCGCAGGAACGAGCUUUCUCCGUGGAUCGAAUGAAGGUUUCAGAUAGUAAAUGGUAGCUGAUAAGAACAAAGGU